ACCUGGCAAUACUGGCCUAGCUACUGCCACACUAUUUUCCUUCUUUUCGGUUCUCGUUUCCGGCUAGUUUGUCAUCAAGAUGCGAACGAUCAACUCCAACCAGUGCGUGAAGAUCCCCAAGGACAUCAAGGCCACAGUCAAGGCCCGUGUCGUGACCAUCACCGGCACUCGCGGCACGCUGAAGCGUAGCUUCAAGCAUCUGGCUCUGGACAUGUACAUGCCCGACAAGCGCACCCUGAAAGUGGAGAAGUGGUUCGGCACCAAGAAGGAGCUGGCCGCUGUGCGCACCGUCUGCAGCCACAUCGAGAACAUGAUCAAGGGAGUCACCUUCGGCUUCCAGUACAAAAUGCGCGCUGUGUAUGCCCAUUUCCCCAUCAACUGCGUCACCUCUGAGCAAAACACAGUCAUUGAGAUCCGUAACUUCUUGGGCGAGAAGUACAUUCGUCGCGUUGAGAUGGCACCCGGUGUGACCGUCGUCAACUCGACUGCCCAAAAGGACGAGCUCAUCGUGGAGGGCAACGACAUCGAAGCUGUCUCCGGAUCUGCCGCUCUCAUCCAACAGUCCACCACCGUUAAGAACAAGGAUAUCCGUAAAUUCCUUGACGGUCUGUACGUGUCCGAGAAGACAACCGUUGUGAAAGUGGAAGCUUAGACUUUUAUAUUGUGUUUCUACCUAAAAUGUUAAUAAAAACCAACGGCCGAAACUUUCAAUAAGGAUGAAUAUCUGUCUAAUCUUAA